CGGUUGCGGGUUUCCGCUCACUCUCCUUGGCGGCUCCAGGCGGUUCUCCAGUUUGGAUCGUGCCUCUGUCUCCAUGCUCGGUUUCGUUGUCAGGCCUCCUCACCACCUCCUGUCUCUUCUGUGUCCUGGACUGCGGAUAUCUCCACUCUCAGUACUUUGUGCUCAGCCCAGGCCCAGAGCCAUGGCUGUCUCCUCUUCCUCCUGGGAACUGCCCCUGGUGGCAGUGUGCCAGAUAACAUCAACGCCAGACAAGCAGCAGAACUUUAAAGCUUGUGCUGAGCUGAUUCGAGAGGCUGCUAGACUGGGUGCUUGCCUGGCUUUCCUGCCAGAGGCAUUUGACUUCAUUGCACGGGACCCUGCAGAGACUCUUCACCUCUCUGAGCCACUGGGAGGAAACAUUUUGGGAGAAUACACCCAGCUUGCCAGGGAAUGUGGACUCUGGCUGUCCUUGGGUGGUUUCCACGAGCGUGGCCAAGACUGGGAGCAGACUCAGAAAAUCUACAAUUGUCAUGUGCUUCUGAACAGCAAGGGGUCAGUAGUGGCCACUUACAGGAAGACACAUCUGUGUGAUGUAGAGAUUCCAGGGCAGGGGCCUAUGCAUGAAAGCAACUCUACCAUGCCUGGGCCCAAUCUGGAGUCACCUGUCAGCACACCAGCAGGCAAGGUUGGUCUGGCUAUCUGCUAUGAUAUGCGGUUCCCUGAACUUUCUCUGGCACUGGCACAGGCUGGAGCAGAAAUACUUACCUAUCCUUCAGCUUUUGGGUCUGUAACAGGCCCAGCCCACUGGGAGGUGUUGCUGCGGGCACGUGCCAUCGAAACCCAGUGCUAUGUAGUGGCAGCAGCACAGUGUGGACGCCACCACGAGAAGAGAGCGAGUUAUGGCCACAGCAUGGUGGUAGACCCUUGGGGAACAGUGGUGGCCCGCUGCUCUGAGGGUCCGGGCCUCUGCCUUGCUCGAAUCGACCUCAGUUACCUGCGACAGUUGCGCCAACAUCUGCCUGUGUUCCAGCACCGCAGGCCUGACCUCUAUGGUAAUCUGGGUCACCCACUGUCUUAAGACUUUCAACUUCUCUGAGUUGAGACCCCACUGUGAGCUGGGGUUGCUGUUACUUAGAAGCGGGACCCAGGUGCACCUCCACUCACUUGGAGAAUCUUGACUCUCUUGAAGGAACACAGGCUCAGCUUCUUGGAAAAAAAGAAACUCACCUGAGCUCAGAUUUCAAAAAUGUGGAAUUUUAUAUAGUCAUUGCUUAUUUCAUGAAAACUAAAAUUAUGCUGAGGACUGAGCAGCACUGGCAUUGAAAAAAAUAUAAUCAUCAUAAAGUGUG